GACUCAAACCCACAAACCGUGAGAUCAUGACCUGAGCUGAAGUCGGACACUUAACCGACUGAACCACCCAGGCGCCCUGAGAUGUUUAGUUUAACGUGAGACCAGUAUAUUAUUUUUUGAUAAAUUGAUAAAAUACUUAAAAUUUUUUCAAUUUUAUUUUCUAAUGUAGCAAAAAUGGACAGAUAGAAGUCGCAUCAACAAAAGCUCUCCAGAGUCCUCAACAGUUUUUAAGAUCAUUUUAAGAGGGUCAAGGAGUCCUGAGGCCAAAAAAGUUUGCAAACCACCAGUCUAUGCUAUUACAAAGCCAGUAAGUUUUAAAUGACCUAUUCUUCGUUUGAGGAAUUGCACCAUAACUAUGGCAACUAGUCUGUGUCACUGAAUGCAGGAAGUAAGAGCUCCAAAAACAGAAACGGCAGGCACAUUUGACUUUUUCCAUUUGUGAGAUUUAUUUUGGUGCUCUCUUCCUGUUAGCUACUCUAGGCUGGGGGAAUUUCGUGUCUGUUACGUUCCCGUAGCCAGUACACUCGCCGAGGCUUGGCGUUCCUGGAACCCUGUCUUCCUGCCACUUAUUUUUCAGAGCCUAGUUUUCAGACAGCUUCAGACAGCUCUUAAGGUUUAAGUCCUGAAGCUAACAAGUAUGCUAGCAUCUUGAAAACCGUCCUGCGCUCUGUGGAUGGAAGACUUACUACUUUCAAACAUGUCAACACCCAGGCAGACAUUCGGUGAACAGGUGGAAAAUAGCAUCCGUUCUGAAGAAGCAGAAUCUUCAAGUUUUAGAAUCAGAAGGAACCACAGGUAUCAUUUCGCCCGACCUCCUUACUUCACAGAAGAGGAAAGGGAAAUCUUCAAGGUGGGGGUGACGUGUCAAGGUCACUGAAGACUGUGUGUGUCUGUUCCCUUACAGUCAGGAAACCCGAUUGGCUCACCACCAGCCAGUGCGAUUAGACUUUACCUUUAUUGAUUGUAUGUCCUUUCCCAGGCAUUAUGCCAGUGGGUUUUCUUAACAACCCUCUGAAAGGAAGGCCAUGGUGAGGCCAAAGGAUGAAGGCUUGUGUUUCUAGAAACGGGACACAGAAAGGAAGGGGGAGAAGACUUCAGACCUGCAAACCACAAAACCAUAAAAGUCAGCGUUCAAGGGGGGGACUCAGAUGCCACGUGGAAACAAAUGGGAUUACACAGUAUAAAGGGAGUAAGUGAACUCGUGAAAGUGGACGUUAGGAGGCAGUCGUUGAUCACGAAGAGUGGGUACUUUCAGUCGGAUGCUUUGCACUUCCAAGCUGAUCAAUUCCUCCGAGCCUGUUUCUUGACUGGUAGAUAAGGUAGAGCCCUUAGGAAGAUGAAAUGAAACCACCUCUCUGAAGCACGUAGCAGCACGUCUAGCAAAGGAACGGAUGUAUGGAGGUUUUUGAGUCAAGCGAUAAUGUGGGCUGCAGUAAGAUGCUUUUGCACUGGAGACAACAGCAGAAGAGCCGCGUGGAAACACUGACCUGGCAAUCGCAAGAAAUUAACCUUGAGGUGUAGAUUUCAGGGGUCAUGCACUGAGUAGAGGUAAGUGAAAUCCGGAAAAUGGUUGAGGGCCUCAAAGGCAGUGAAUGAGAAAGGCCUGAGGGCGAAAGACUGAACCUCCACGGGCACUGGGCGGCAGGCGGGGGAGCGUGUUUUCCGGAAGAGGAGUGUGCGCAUGCGUACACGCACCGGGUUGCAGGGAACUGGUGAGUGUUGGGGGCAGGACUGAGAUGCCACCCGCAGACCAGUUACGUCAACGGAAGGCAAGAAAUAGAUGGGCAGUCCGUCAUAGCUUCUAACCCUAACCCUGUGGGCCCUCCGUGAAUGGUCACCGUUACUGCUCACAGUAAAAGAGAAUUUCUGAUUAGCAGGCUUUCGGCAAAGAACAUCUAUGGCUUGUAUGAUAAUACAAAUUGGAAAGUUCCGAAAGAAAUACGUCUCCUGUCUCACUAACACGCGGACGUGAAAAGCCAGUUUGAAAGGGGGAGUCACCACUGUGUUAAGGGUGAUUUGCAGAGGAGUGGACCUGGAGGAAAGCAUCUGGGCUUUAACCCGAUUGCCACCAGGUGACUUCUAAAUACCUAGCACUGAGGCAGAUGCCAUGAGAGUCCUGGAUCAAUCACUUGCAAGCUCUUGAAGGUAAUCUCUCCACCCAACAUGGGGCUCGAACUCAUGACCUCAAGAUUGGGAGUUGCACGCUCCACUGACCGAGCCAGCCGCAUGCCCCUGAUUAAGCUCGUGUCGAUACUUUUCAGUGACGUCUGGCAUCCUAAUCCUGGAGGGCUGGUCACUGCCCUGCAGAAACUCCCAUGUUCUUUUCUCGGACAUCAUGGAGUUCAAGGGCACAUGAAGGACCAUGUCGGUCUAGAAAGAACCAGCCAGGUGUUCACUUAACGUCACUCAGGAAACGAUAUUCAUGUGUAGAACUGCAGUACAUAUUUCCAAAAAACUUUCCAGAGUGGCCGUCACGUCUUACCUUCCAUCUGUUCUGGGGUUAAACCUUGCGGGACAUCAAACACCUGAAAAUGUAUGGAAUGUUCCACCUUGGAUCAUCAGGCUUCUUUGUGUGCUUAACCGAUGCUGAGGAGGAAGAAUUCUCUCUGCCCUUCAAGACCCUUCUGGCUGGACUAAGAAGCCAGUUGCCAUUGACAUGAGACAGACUAACAGGAGAAAACCAAAUUUAAUUUUGUGUGUGUGUGGAAUCCACGUAGACGUGGGAAUUCCAAAGGCCGUCAGGCAAAAUGAGGAAACCUGACGCUAGCUCUUGGCUAAUUUGGCCUUCCUGUUUGGCCCACCUGCAAAGAGUGCUGCAGAUGAUGCCAUGUGCCUCUGGGCAGGUGUCAAGACGAGCCUCUCCGAGCGGGGAACAUUGUCCAAAACUGCCUUUGGAACCAGAUGAAUGCCUCCUGUCCAAGAAGAUCAAAAAAGACCGGAAAGAUCAAAAAAAAAAAAAAAAAGAAACCAAGGCUUCUGAUAUGUCCCAAGGAAGGGGGAAUACCCAGUAUGUGAGCGAUCUUGGAUGUCUUCAAAGCGUUGGAAGGGAGAAGAAGCCGUGGCUUGAGGGAGUCAGUGCCCCACGGUGCCGGGACACUCUCCCGAAGAGAUGAUGAUUGCACAGAAGUGAGUUCUAGAGAGCGUUAGAAGCAGCACAACACGGAAACAGGGCAUCCGCGGCUAGGAGGAACAUCAAAGAAAAAAAAUUAACCUUAUCUGUGCUGUAAGAUCGCAAAGAAUCCAUGGUGACAGUUCCUGAAGAUUAUUUUUCAUCCAAGUCAAGCCCGUGGCAGACAUAUGUGUUGUAACAAUACCCCAUGUUGAGCCCUGAGUCCUUCCUGUUGGGGUGAGAACUUCCCUUUCACUCUCGACUUUGCUCCGUCUUCCCACAUGUCAGUACUGGAAGAGCAAAUAUGACUCAGAAACCGGUUCCCCAGGGUUGUAACAUCAGAUGAGACACACUGGGGUCAUUACGCUGUAAACCAAUGCCUGUGUUUCCCUGGGCUGGGCUCUCUAGAAGGUGUGCGGCUCACUGAAUUGCCAGAAGAACGUUCACAAGUGUGGGAAGAAAGGACUGGCCACCAGCCUUGACUUCUAGAGACCUUUCUCUGGGCCGGGACGGAUUUUAUGUUAAUCAGAAACACCUCCGGAAGAUUCAAGAAGCUGUAGGGGUGACGCAAAUCUGUGGAGGGCCAGCAUGGGAAUCCUAUACUCUGAGCCCAUCUGCCAGGCGGCCUAUCAGAACGACUUUGGUCAAGUGUGGCGCUGGGUGAGAGAGGACCGCAACUGUAUCAAUGUGCAAGAUGGCUUUAAUGGAGACACCCCCCUGAUCUGUGCUUGCCGCCGGGGGCACCUGAGAAUCGUUUCCUUCCUCUUGAAAAGAAAUGCUGAUGUGAACCUCAAAAACCAGAAACAGAGAAACUGCUUGCAUUAUGCUGUGAAGAAAAAAUUCACCUUCUUUGAUUACCUACUCAUUAUCCUCUUAAUGCCCGUUAUGCUCAUUGGGUAUUUCCUCAUGGUGUCAAAGACCAAGCAGAACGAGGCUCUCGUUCGAAUGCUGCUCGACGCUGGCAUCGACGUGAACGCCACGGACUGCUACGGCUGCACCGCGUUACAUUACGCCUGCGAAAUGAAAAACCAGAAUCUCAUCCCUCUGCUCCUUGAAGCUCAUGCAGACCCCAUGAUCAAGAAUCGGCGUGGUGAGACUUCGCUGGACAUUGCACGGAGAUUGAAGUUUUCCCAGAUUGAGUCAAUGCUAAGGAAAGCAUCGUAAUCCUAGAGGCCUCACGUGAAGAAGUAGAAAGAAACUAAAGCGCCGUGUUCUCUCUCCAUUUUGGACAAUCGGUCUGUGGACCGCUCAACCUGGAUGCUGCAAUUUUACGGUUACCAUGGGUAACCCUAAUGGCGGUUGCCAUGGUGACAUUUGUGGAAGAGCUUUGUACUGAUGAUUUUUUUUUUCUCCCAGUGGAGUUCACCAUGGUCAUAAUCUUUCUAGGAGAAACACUGAAGUCGUGGGAGUUUCCACUUUGGUCAACACAAAGGUGACAUUUCCACCCCGGUUGGUCCUGAAAAAGAGAAUCGCAGUUGGCUGGCUCGGUCCUCUCUUCUCAGGAGUGUCACUGUGACCAAGAGGUGGUCCUGUCUAUGUCAUACCCAAAAAAACGACUGUUUCUCUCCGUCCUUUUGAGUGGUAAGAGGAAGAUUCGAAGUAGAUAUAUUUGUAUAGAAUGAUGUGUUGGGGGUGGUGGGGGAGAGCUUCAUAUGUAAAUAUUCAUUUGGUGAAACAACUUCAAUAAAACCAUCUAUCAGUCGUCAGGGGUGGGGGUAUUUAGGCCACAGUCAUGUUGGGAUCCUACAAGCCAGGGAUUUUUCUUCUUCUUUCCCGAGAGCCAAUUUAACUAGAAUACCUCUAGACAUUUUGCUGUCAGCUUAUAAGUAAAAUCCGUCUUAAUUAUGAACAAAAUCAGGCAACUAUCAAGAUGUUUCCUCAUGGGGCGCCUGGGUGGCUCAGUCGGUUGAGCGUCCGACUUGGGCUCAGGUCAUGAUCUCACGGUCCGUGAGUUCGAGCCCCACGUCGAGCUCUGGGCUGACAGCUCGGAGCCCGGAGCCUGCUUCCGAUUCUGUGUCUCCCUCUCUCUCUGCCCCUCCCCCGUUCAUGCUCUGUCUCUCUCUGGCUCAGAAAUAAAUAAACAUUUAAGAGAAAAAUGUUCCUUCAAAAAUACCUUUAUGAUUCUCUCGUGAAUACCAGGCAGCUACUAAGGUUGUUCUUUCUGUUUAUUUUCAUUGAUACAAUUCAAAAUAUUAUUAUUAACGUGGGACGAAGGAUUUCUUUACAAUAAAUAGAGCAAGAGGAAAAGAUGGUAUCUGCAUUAUACUUCCAGGAGGGAGAUAGUGAAUAUCAAAAUACAUUUCUCAAGUCCUGUGUCAAUGACACAGAGUAGAAAUAAACACAUUUUGAAAAUGAUCAAAUUUUGCCAAGCAGGACUGAAUCAUUAAUAUCUUUAGACAUGGACUGAAGUGUAGACAUAUCACACACUAUAUGAGGUCACAAAUGAACAGUCUAAGAAGAAAAGAUUUACCAUCCUUGAACAGAACAAAGGGCUAAUGAAAAUCAAAUCCGGAAUAUUUAUUGGGCUAUGUACAGAGCCUUAAGGUGUAUGUUUUGUGAAGGAAAUAGUAGUGUGUAGAUACAGAUUCAGAAGCCCCUACGUGUCUCUGAAAUUAUUUUAGAUACAUGGCACCGAAUCGAGUUAGCAGGUGGCUCUGGGGGACGGAAUCAACAAAUGAACUUCACACACCAGUGUACCUUCCACACGCACCUGUGUACCUUCAAUUUGGUUUGCAAAAUUACGCUAUCACUCAUGUGUGACCGUAACUGUCAUCUUUGAGACGGUGUGAAAAUUGAGCAUUUUCUUCUAUUUGUGACUGACUCUGGGCAGUUAUCAAGAUCAAAGAAUAAAAUAUGCGACGGUUUGCUGUC